UCUGUGGCUCUCUCUCCUUUUGCUGGGGAACCGAAGUGAGUUCGCCGCUUUGCGCGAAACGGGGCGCUUUGCGCGGUUCGCAAUUGCUUCUUUGUAGCCUUUCCACCGCCUUCUUCAUGCUGCCCGCUGAUUGUGCCCAGAGGUUGAUUUCCCUCUUCACCCAAGCCUUGGAAGAUUGCACAGAGCAGAGGGCAAAACUCCAGCAGAAAAUUCAACAGGGCCGUGCAGUUCUUGGGGACUGGAACUCUGAGAGAGAAGAUCUUGUUACUGAAGACGCCAAAACUGAGAAACAUGAAACAACCGAACCUUCAGCGGAGGAGAUUAAGGACCUGGAAAUGCUUAACAAAGCUUUGGAGAAAGCAUUACGAGUCCGGUCCAAAUUCCACCAAGUGCCAUGUGAGACCACCAAAGUCUCCGGAACUUCAAAUAAGAAGCCGGCGAGCCAGGCUGCUUCGGAACCACCUGCGUGUCACCCUAAGGACAAGGUCCCCAGGAUCCCCCAGAUGCCUCCUGCGAGUAGAAAGCCGGUGGCAUCCAGACAGCCCACAGCCUAUAUGUUGAAGGCUCCUUACAAAACUGAUGCGGUGGUGAAAAGGCCACCCGUGAAAAUACCAGCCGGACGGAGCUCCAGAACCUCCAAAACAGCUGGGAAGAAGUUGUCGCCAGCGGGGGUUGCCUCUCCAAAGUGCGCAAAGACAGGCAAGGACAGUCCCAAAAAGGUCCAUGUUGCUGCAGAAUCCGGCUUGCGCUUGGGCUCACCCAAAGGUCCAUAUCGCACAACGACGCCACCUUGGUUUGCUGAGGGAGGGGACUCUGCAGGAAGAGGUCCUCAAGUCCCCGAGGUCAAUCCAGAUCUGGAACCUUCAGGUGGGACGUGUCCUUCAGGAACAGACCCACUGAGACAAGGAACAAAACCACCAACCUGCACUCUUCAACAAAAUGGGUCUUCGCUAAAACUGCCCCUUCCGUAUCAGAAAGCUUUCUCCAAGUAUUCCAGGUUGUUGGAGAAAUGCCGGGAUUUGAAAACAGUCCCCGAGGCAGCUGUCACCAAGAGCCAGUUUUUAGAGAAGCUGCAAGCAACUUUCUUCUCUCCUACGCCAGCCUUCACCCCAGCGGAGGUGAAGCAGGAGUUGGUGCACCUACGUGACCUUCACUUGCUCAUCACUCAGCACAUGGAAGCUGAAAGCCCAGAGGCACUUGGAGAAAACCCAACCUGGGUCAGAGAGUACGAAAGCCUUGUGACUUUGCAGGCCCUACAAGAGAUAGUAGAGCAGCAUCUCGGCAAACUGGACCAGAUGCGAGAAGCCCUGGUGUCUCAUGCAGAGUUUGCCUCGCUCUGCAUGAAUGGCAAGGAGGACAAUGACCGUGAUUCUUUGGGCUUCUGCCACGCUUCCCUUGGAGAGCAAACCUGCUCGGAUCCGGAUUUACUGGGGCCUCCCCGACUUCUUUUUUACUCCAGCUUGGAUGAGCUGAAAGAGAUGGAGGCUUUAAAACUGCAGGUGGCGAUGCUGGACCAGAAACUUCAGAUCCAGACGGCUAUGGAAAUGGAACUCCUUCCUCUUCUAGAACACGACCGCUUUCCGGAGAGUUCUAAAGCUUCGGCGAUCCGUGCUGUGUAUUCCUUGUUGUGUGAAAGCGGAGAGCACGUUCCUGUUCUGGUGAAGGAUGAAGAGCUAUCCAGCUGAGCUGAUGUGAAAAUGGAUGACCAGCAGCCAUGCCUAGGAAGCUGUUCGCUUUUGGCCUCCAUCCUUAAAAUUCCAGCCCUUUCAUGGCAGGUGAUGGUCAGGGGCAGGUCCCUCAGCCUCUUCACCUGCGUGCACUUGUCCAGCAAAUAAAACAGAU